UCAGAGCCAUUUAGAAGGCCCCGUGCAUCUGUGGCGUUUGCAUCUUCUCACAGUCUCACCAGCCUGCAAAAUCAUGAGUCGACAGAAGAUUUAUUUGGACAAAUUGGCCCGCUUCUUUCAGAUCCGAAACAAGCUGCUCCGCCAGGCCCUGGCAGAGUGCCUUGGCACUCUCAUCCUUGUGAUGUUUGGCUGUGGUUCUGUGGCCCAAUUUUCACUCAGCAAAGGUACCCAUGGACAGUUCCUUACUGUCAACUUUGCCUUUGGCUUUGCUGCCACUCUAGGGAUCCUUGUCUGUGGCCAAGUAUCAGGUGGCCAUUUGAACCCUGCAGUGACUUUUUCACUUUGCUUGCUUGGAAGAGAUAAGUGGAGAAAGUUCCCCAUGUUCUUCCUCUUUCAGACAAUUGGAGCCUUUUUUGCUGCCGCUGUGAUUUUUGGCAUGUAUUAUGAUGCCUUGUGGGACACCGGAUGUUUCACUGUUGAUGGGGAAAAUGCCACCGCUGGAAUCUUUGCUACUUACCCAGGGAAACAUCUCACUCUUGUGAAUGGUUUCUUUGAUCAGAUUAUUGGCACAGCAGCCCUCAUAGUCUGCAUUCUGGCAAUUGUGGACCCAUACAACAACCCAAUCCCACAAGGUUUGGAGGCCUUCACAGUGGGAUUUGUGGUUCUGGUCAUUGGAUUGGCCAUGGGCUUUAACUCUGGUUACGCUGUCAAUCCUGCAAGAGACUUUGGACCACGUCUUUUUACUGCCAUGGCUGGCUGGGGAAGUGAUGUUUUCACGUUUAGAAAUGGAUGGUUUCUGGUGCCGCUUUGUGCGCCAUUCCUUGGAGCCAUUAUUGGCACCAUGAUUUACCAGGUAAUGGUUGGUUUCCACAUCGAGGGAGAAUUUCGGGAUAGGCAGGAGGCGAAAGAACAGGAGGAGAAUCUACAACUCACCGUCACAACCAACUCCAAAUCUAAUUCCAACGGCAAAGAGGCUAACUGCUAAAAAUAGGCCAACAAAGGCAUGUCUAAAGAGUGUUAGAAAGAUUUAAAGUCGCUGAAAUCUACCCAUGUAAAUAUGGUACUGUUAUAACACCGUUUUAUAAUUCCUGCCAGUUAUAUAUUGGAAAACCGUCUUCAAGAUGACUUUUCUUCACAAUAUUGUGUAGCUGUAUUAUAUUGUAGAUUUAUUUCUAUGUACAGAAUAAAUAGAGACACUAUUUCUCAAGGAAGUGAUUUUGGUCCAGAACUGACGUGUCUGUUGUACUUCCUUUUUAACAGUAUUUUACUCUUAUCUCCUAUAUUUUUUAUAGUUUCAUGUAACAUUCAUUGUAAAGUUUUUUU